UGUACAGGAAAAAUUUAAUUUCAAAGAAAAAAAAAUACAAAAAUUUUUAAAAAUUUUGAAAUUUGUCAUCUACAAUCUUUCAUACUAACGAACCAAUGAAUAAACUAGACCAUGAUUAUAAAAUUUAUUCGCCUUCUCUAAAUCAUGAUAAAAAGCAGUAGAACAUCUGCUUAUCGUUACCAUUAUCUACCGAACUUGCGCUGUCGAUAAAUAGCUUUAGAAUGUCUCAGAAACAUUUACAGAGUGUAAUUAAAAAUGAAUUGUGCGAAAAGAGUUACAAGUUAUAAAAUGAAAACCGAAUGACGAAUGCAGUAUUUACGGAAAUUUACAACCCAAAAAAUUGGAUAAAAUGUGCUUUCAACUGCAGAAAACACACCAAAACAAAAGAACGAUUUUGGCAAUCCAGGAAAACAAACAAGAAAAAGAAAGAAGUCCAUCAAGAGUAUCUUUCGAACGAUAUGAGUCAACAUGCCAAGCAAAAAACCUCAAGGGAUAACAACACGAAGACGAGCAUUCCAGCAUUUGAUGAAGGAAGUCAGCACCCUUAGAAAUAAUCUGACUACACAUUUUUGUCCCGUCCUCUGCAGAAACAGUUUCCACGCCCUUUUUACAAAUUUUGAAAAGUUGUAACGUGCGCCACCCUGUAUUUAGCGGCUCCUUCUGAUCACGCGCGUGUGUGUGAUGCCGAUGCGUGAAUAGAGGCGGUAUCCUUUGGCGGCUUGCUAGGUGAAUAAACAGCGACGGGGUGCGAAUAUACUUUUAAUGUUUUUUCAAAGUUUUAAGUUAGUAGUUAAAUAGACAUCCGCGUGUUCACUUGCGUGUCUGAACAAAUUUCUUAUUUUAAUUUCUACGUUUCUGAGUUUAUAUUUUUACAUUUUUUUGUUUUGUUUAAAUACACACUGUUAACCAAUUACCAAAAAUUUCAAUCUAUAACGCUACAAAGUAUAUUAGUUACAACACCUGCAAUACUAACUAUCGGAUAUUGUAAUGCUUUUAGGUUCAAAAGUAAGGGUAAGGAUAAUUAUUAUAGCUAAUCUGAACUGCACAGUUUGUCCCCGUUUUCUACAAGCAAAAUUACCAAAAUCUGACAAACGAAUUUUGAAUAAUAUACAAGCCAUAAUAUCAGAAAUUGCAAUGCUUUAAGUUCCAUUGCAAAGUUUUAUGUUUAAAAGAGAGGGUGGACAGCACCCUAACAAAAAAUUUGACUUUACACAUUUUAUUCCCGUACUCCUCAAACAAAUGUAUCAAAAUCUGACAAAUUUGUUUUGAAGAAUAAAUAACUUAUAACACUUUUGUUUUGACUAUUAAAAAUUGCAAAGUUAUAUGUUCAAAAGAGAGGGUAAACAAAAAUUACAAAAAAUCUGGCUGUACACAUUUUGUCUCCGUUCUCUUCAAACAAAAUUAUCAAAAUCUGACAAAUGAAUUUUGAAUAAUAUACAAGUUAUAGCAGCUGCAUUUUGACCAUCACAAAUUGCAAAGUUUAACGUUCAAAAAAGAGGGGGGCAGCACCCUUACAAGAAAAUUGACUUUACAUAUUUAGUCCCCGUACCCUUGAAACAAAAUUAUCAAAAUCUGACAAAUGAAUUUUGAAUAAUAUAUAAGUUAUAGCAGCUGCAUUUUGACCAUCAGAAAUUGCAAACUUCGACCUUUUAAACAAUUAUUUUGAAUGUGAUAAAGGUUGAAACAUAUGUAAAAAUAUACGUAGAAUACCAUGGUGUCACGGGUUUACAUGUGCGUCUUGAAAUAAGGAAAAUUUAAUAGUCUUAAUUUAAAAAUUAAGCAAAACAUCUACCCAUAAAAAACGCUCGUGAAAUUUCCACCUGUUAAACAAUUAUUUUGAAAGUGAUAAUGGCUGAAACGUAUGUAAAAAUAUACGUAGAAUACCAUGGCGUCAGGUGUUUACAUGUGCGUCAUGAAAUAAUGAAAAUUUAAUGGUAUUUAAUUUAAAAAUAUAAGGAAAAUUUAAUAGUCUUCGAAUUAAAAUUUAUGUGGCGACCUUUAACUGUCCUAGAGCAUUUAUGAAAAUUUACAACCCACAAAAUUGGAUAAUAUGUGGCUUCAACUGUAAAAAACGCACUAAAACGA